AUCUCGUGAAGUGAAUAUGGCGGAUCUGGAAGACGUGACUGAAGAACAACUGGAAGCUUUGAGGAAUAUAAUCUCUCCCAAUGGCAUUUGUGAGUUACCAAACACUGCCUUGGACGUCGUUCUUGACAAAAUCCUAAUUGGAGAAAAGUCUGCUGCUCUCAACAAGUUGUCUCUAAAGCGCCUUGCAGUCACUCAUGUAGUUAACUGUGCUCAUGGGGAGUCACGUUAUCACGUGACCACAGGACCUCAGUUUUAUGGAGAUGAGUUUAGAUACUACGGAAUCGAGGCUACGGAUGUGCCUUCGUUUGAUUUGACUCCUCAUUUUCGACCUGCAGCCAAGUUUAUAAGAGAUGCGAUCCUGGGUGGUGGAGCAGUGCUGGUAAAUUGUGUGGAGGGUGUCAGUCGUUCAGCGACAAUUGUGAUUGCCUACUGCAUGCUAGAGAAACGGAUGAGCUUACCAGAAGCCAUUACAGUUAUCAGAAAAGGCAGAAACAUAUGUCCUAACGACGGUUUUCUGAAGCAGUUACUCAGAUUUGAGAGACAGCUACAGAAGAGUGGUCAAUAGACUUUCCAAAUGCUAUACUGCUUCUACAAAUGCAUUUAUUAUUCAUCUUUUGAAUACUGCACCGUCAUGCUUUGUUGAGGCUACAUACAAUAGAUUUGCGCUGUGUCACGGGUACUUGAACUACUACUAAUAGGCUAAAGCAACGGAUAAUAUAAAGG